AUCUAGUGUUGCACUCCACUGCCACCCUUCAAAAGUGAAACGAAUCUUGACAGACUUUGCCCGCGAAGACAAGUCUGUGGCCACAAUCACGACCACCAAAGCCCGAGGCAGCCGGCGCGCGCUCCAAUCGGGGGCGGCGGCGCGGGCACGGGAGGCGCGGGCACGGGGAGGGUAAGGUGGUGGAGAGAGCCCGCUCGCCAUGGCCGCCGUCCCACGGCUGCUGCUCGCCCUCUGCGCGCCCCUGUCGGUCUGGGCCGGGGAGCGGCUGCACUCCGUCAGCGACCCCACCUUUAUCCGGGACUGCGUGGACGAGCACAACAAGUAUCGCUCGCAGGUGGACCCGACGGCCAGCAAGAUGUUCAAGAUGACAUGGGAUGAAGCUCUUGCUAAAUCUGCAAAAGCUUGGGGCAAAAAAUGCAGAUUUAAACAUAAUCCAAAUCUGAAAAAGAACGGAGCAGUACAUCCGACCUUCUUCCCAGUAGGAGAAAACCUCUAUGCUUCAACAGGCAGGUUUGAAGCCAAACAAGCUAUUAAGGCAUGGAAUGACGAAGUGAAGGAUUAUAAUUUUCAAACAAAUAGCUGCAAAAAAUCUGCUAUGUGUGGACAUUACACCCAGAUUGUCUGGGACACUUCUUACAAACUUGGUUGCGCUGUUACUGAAUGUCCCAAUGGACUUAAAGGCACUGGACUAAAAAGGUCUGCCAAAAUAUUUGUGUGUAACUAUGCACCAGCUCAUCCAGGAAACUUGCUUUGGAUGCCUUUACUGCGCUCUCGUGGAAAUGUGUCCACUGUGUCUUCAUCAGAGUUUGAUGCCAGUCCACUUUCACAGAUUCCUGUCAAAUCACAGGUUCUCUCUCCUCCAUUUAAUGGAAAUAUUAUUGGAAGAGGUCCAUACACAUCAGGAGCAACAUGCUCAGCUUGCACCACUUGUAGUGACAACUUAUGCACUGAUCCAGCCCGUGAUAAACUCAGAAAGUACCCUCACUGGCAUCCAGACUUUGGAUCAGCCUCCAUUUCCUUACAUGAUCAACUAAUAUUUCUUAUCACUAUUAUUUUAAUAUAUAUUCUACAAUAAUUAUUUAAAUAUAGUUUAUCUUUCCAGGAUUUUUUUGAUUGAAGCUGAGAGGGUGCAAAGUUCUGGUUUGUAAACAGCUCAUUUUUUUGUCCAGUGGGUAUCCAAAGGCAUCAUGCUUUCAGCACAUUCUCCUCAUCACCUUGCAAGCUUUUGCAAGGCACUCCAUCUAGUGAGCAAGUCAAACACUGGCAUAACUAACAAUUAAAAUAAUUCUGGUUGAUAGGCUAAACAGAUUCAAAUUGGUGAUCUUUAUUUGAUUAACAAGCUGCUCAGGAAUUUUCCCCUCCCCUGAAAAAAAAUCCUCUUCUAUCUUAUCCACUAAGGUUGUAGCUUUCUAAAUCAAAUCUCUGUCCAAAUAUCAUUCAGAGUAAUUAUGAUUUUUGUUAGGGUAGCAGAAGAAAAAGUUAAUUACUACCUAUGAUAUGUUGGCAUUUAACUAAUGCUGGCAUUUUGUUCAUGGUGGCAUACAACAAGUUGUCAAAAAUAAUUUGAUUCCAGUUCGUCAAUAAAUAUUACGGACAGAAAAUUCACGAGAAAGCUUGCCUGCACUUUUGACUACUGUUUGGCAGAUUUUCUUGUUGGCUUCACAAGUUCAAAGUUCUCAUCACUUUUAAGCAGAUCACUCCAUUUAUGGAGAUCACGUGAUGAGACAAAACCAGUGAAAUGCUGGUUUGGCAAAAGAACACAAAACAAGUUUGGUAAAAGAAAACAAAACAUUGACGUUAAGUAUUGAAUGUUCAAAGAAUUUUGUUUUGUUUCUGAUUUUCUGCAUCUUCAGCAUUUUUAAAUUAAAACAAUUACUUGAUGGCCCUAUUGUAAAAUGGAGUGAUUGUGAGUGUUAGUCUUAUUUUUGUUUGAAUAUUAUACAUGGAAACAUUUCUUUGCCAAACUGGGUAUAAGCUUCCCAAAAUGAAACAACUCAAACCACAAGGUCCAAGAGACCUUAUUAUUAAAAUAUUAAGUCAAAUACCAUGCUAGCAGAUGAAUAGAAAUAGUGUCACAUGACUGAAUAGGAUAGGUAUCAUAGUGUUUCAUACCCAGUUUUUGAGAUUGUCCAAAUAUAUUCAAUUUCAGGGAGAUUCAAAAUGUAUUACUUUAAUUAAACUACAGUUAGUAGACAACCAAUUCUCUACUCUUAUCCCUUGGAUGUAAUGUUUAUCCUCUAAUAUUAUUUAUAUUCAGAAGGACACUAGUCAGGCUUGGGUAAGUUUGUUCAAAAUGUAUCUAUAUAUCAAACAAUCGAGUCAGUAUAGGUAAACCGAGAACAUCGUAAAUGGACCAAUGCAUUAACUCCACACAUGCUGUUUUAUCUGAGCAAUACAGCAUUUUUGAGUUUUGGUAAAUUGUUAAUUCCAGCAUCUGCAGUAUUUUGCUUUUGCAUUAAUGUGCUGUAUGUUGAAAAAUUGCAAAAGAUCCCUUUAUAAAUUACACAGUUUAAAAAUAAACAUUUGCAAAUUUUCUACAACAUCCUUGUUUAAACUAACGGUGUACUACUGAUUAUUCAAAAGUAAAACGUAACAGAUGCUUGAAAUCUGAAGUGAAACACAAAAUGAUUGAAAUACUCAGCAGCUCAAGCAGCAUCCAUGGUGCGAGGUUUAAAGGUUGCCUGAUCUGUUAAGUGUUACCAGUAUUUUCUGUUUUAACCCCUAGCUAUGUCAGAGUUCAUUUAGUGUUAUCAAAGCUCUACUAAGAGAUUAGGAUCUGUUAGUCCUUGCCAAGCACACAAAUUAUAAUGUCAGAAACUGUAAAGCUCCACUGUUAUUGCAAAGUCUUACAUAUUGAUGCUCUGCACUAACAGCAAGCCUUCCUGUUACAGCCUAUCAAUUUCAUAAGGCUAACUGGCAAUUCUGCUUGUACAGAUUCGUACAGACUCAAAUUUUGAUAGGUAGUAUUUUCUUUGCCUGACUCAGUAGUAAAAUUCCAUUUUAUAAUGGUCACCAAGACUUUGGAACCAGCUUCUGAAAAAUCAAAGUUAACAUUGGUUGCUGUUGUAAAACAGGAGAUAUUUGUAUUGGUCAUUUGUUACACAUCUCAAAUAUUGUGAGAGGUGCAGAACCAGAUUCCAAUUCAGCAUUACAUGGUGUAAAAAUUAAUUCCAUGUCUGAAUAUUUUGCUGUUCUAAAUACUGCUUUAUUUAAAUUGAAAGUGUUUUAGGUUACUGUGUGAGCAUUUAAAAACAAUUUUAAUGAAAAUCAACAUUUUUGACUUUUGGAGUUUGCGGACAAUAUUUAAAGACAUUGUAAUUGGGUAAUGGAUGUCAUUUGUAAAUCUUAGCUUUAUGUACCAGAGUUGCUAAUAAAAUAGUUUCACAUUGGCUUAAAGUCAUUUUUUAAAACAUCUUAACAUAGUAAAUGUUAAAUGCUACCAUGGCAGUGUAGCAGCUAGCGUAACACUAUUACAGCGCCAGCGACCCGGGUUCAAUUCUGCCGCUGUCUGUAAGGAGUCUGUACAUUCUCCCCGUGACUGCGUGGGUUUCCUCUGGGUGCUCUGGUUUCCUCCCACCUUCCAAAAAAGACGUACGGGUUAGGAAGUUGUGGGCAUGCUAUGUUGGCACUGGAAGCACGGCGACACUUGCAGGCUGCCCCCAGCACAUUCUCAGACUGUGUUGGUUGUUAAUGCAAAAUGACGCAUUUCAUUAUGUGUUUCAAAGUAUAAAUAAAUAUUAAUUAAUAUUAAAUUACAAAAUUAGGCUCCAAUCACUGAUUCCCUCGCAUGUUUAUUGAGUGCUUGGUUAAAUAUUUAGCCUUUAUACAGUUUUUUUGUUUCUCUGCACAUCAUGUCACUUAGUUUACACCAUCCCAUGUUAUUUAGUCACUACUGUCCUCUCUGCUAUCACUGGUCUUUUCAUGUGUUCUUUACCUAUAAUCUGGAUUGGCAUAAAAGGCUGUUUUAUAUUUGGUUGUGAUGGAGGUCACUGACCUGAAACUGAGGAAACAGUUCCUCACAGACUGAAGUGCAAGUCUUCUCACCAUGACCCUUAACAAAGGAGUUAGGUUUCUAAAGAACCUUCAUCACACAAAGCUACAGUAAACCUUUAAUUUGAGCAGAGGAUACCAGUUACUGUGGAUGGAAGUUAUAAGCUAGAAACUCUGCCUGUAAAGCUACUGUAAAUCAAAAGCAAAAAUUCCGACAUGCUGAAACUUGCAAGUCAAUCAUUCAAAAACCAGUGUUGCCAGAUAGCACAGCUCGCGCUACUCAAGUUUUCUUUUCCAUUUUAAAUACACUGCAGUUUGUUUUUAUAGAUCUGUGUUUGAGGACCUUGUUAAGCAACAAAUUAAAAUCCUUCACUGCAGUGAAGAUUCAAAAUAUGA